AUGUCCGAGGAAAUUGCGGAUGUCGUAGACACGCAAGUGUUGACUGAGAACGUGGGAUUUCUUGAUAACUGUUUCGAUACUUCAUUUGCUUUACAAUCUUCAUUGGUUACAGUAAAGGAAUAUGCUGCUGAAGAGCAGUAUGACUCAGCAACAGUAAAGGUAUACAGGACGCAAACAUCUAAGAAAAUAAACACAACAUUGUUAUGUAAACCUCUUUCUUUAGACACCAGCAUCAGUAAAAACGCAGAAAUAUUAUCUCAGAUUGUCAGUAAAGAUGAAAUAAAAAAUAAGAACUUAAAGGAUUGGGGAUUACCACAAGAAAUAACUAAGAAAUACAGCAUGAAAGGCAUAAAGGAGAUGUUCGACUGGCAGGUCACCUGUUUAGGCAAUUCUAAAGUACUUUUGGACUACUGUAAUCUUGUGUACUCUGCUCCUACAUCUGCAGGAAAGACACUUGUAGCCGAGAUACUCACUAUAAAAACCAUACUUGAAAGACAGAAGAAAGUAAUAAUAAUAUUACCAUUUGUUUCAAUAGUCAGGGAGAAGAUGUUCUAUCUGCAGGAUAUUCUGUCAAGUUCUGGAAUAAGAGUGGAAGGUUUUAUGGGGGCACAGUGCCCCCCUGGAGGUUUACAGACUGUCCAUGUAGCUAUAUGUACUAUUGAGAAGGCCAAUAGCCUGGUUAACAAAUUACUUGAAGACGGCAAUAUAUCAGAUUUAGGUGCAGUAAUUGUGGAUGAAUUGCACCUACUUGGUGAUCCACAUCGUGGCUACAUAUUGGAACUUUUAUUAACAAAAAUCAAAUAUGUGUCGUCUAGGCUAGAUGACGUACUGAUACAAAUUGUUGGUAUGUCGGCGACACUGCCUAAUUUAGAAGUUUUAGCUCAUUGGUUAAAUGCUGAAUUGUUUGUCACACAAUUCAGACCAAUACCUUUAGAUGAAUUUUGUUUAGUUGGUAACAAACUUUUUGAUAAAUGUGGACAACUGAUGAGUACUAUAGAAAAUACAAAAAACUCUGAAGAUAGUGAUAAUGUACUAAAAAUUUGUCUGAAUACAAUCCAAGAUGGCUGUUCUGUGUUGAUAUUUUGCAUGACAAAAAAUAGGUGUGAAAACUUAGCACAGAAUGUUGCUUCCUCUUUUUAUAAACUUGGUUGUAGUGGGAAUGAAAUUGGGAUGAUAUUGAGAAAGCAGUUAAACUCUCAAAGUAUUUCAGAAGUUUUGGAGCAAUUAAAAAACUGUCCUGUUGGUUUAGACCAAAUAAUAAAAAACACUAUUUCUUUUGGAGUAGCUUAUCAUCAUGCAGGUUUGACUUUUGAUGAAAGGGAUAUAAUUGAAGGUGGUUUCAAAUCUGGAGCGAUAAGGAUUUUGAUAGCCACAUCCACACUUAGUUCUGGGGUGAAUUUACCUGCAAGAAAGGUAAUCAUCAGAUCUCCUGUGUUCCAAAGACAGCCCAUUAACAUACUGACAUAUAAACAAAUGAUAGGCAGAGCUGGAAGAAUGGGCAAAGAUACAAAAGGUGAAAGCAUACUGAUCUGUACAGAAGCAGAGAAAAAAAUAGGGUUUGACCUCAUGAUGGGUAAUUUAGAUCCUGUCAAAAGCUGUAUUGAAAGCGAGGAUAAGUACAUGAGAGCAGUUUUAGAAAUUAUUGCCAGUAAUAUUGCAAAUACCAGAGAUCACUUGGAGUUUUAUUCGAAGUGUACUUUGCUGUUUACACAAAACAAAGUAACACCUUCACAAAGCUUUCUUCUUGAUAAUACUCUGAAAGAAUUGGAAAAUUAUGAACUGGUGAGAAUUCAGAAAGAUGAAGAUGAAACUCGAUAUAUAGCUACUGCUUUAGGCAAAGCUUGUCUAUCUUCAUCUAUGGCUCCAAAUGACGGAUUAUCAUUAUUCUGUGAGCUACAAAAAGCAAGACAAUGUUUAGUUUUGGAAACUGACCUGCAUCUCAUAUAUCUGGUGACACCAUACAGUGUAAGCAGUCAAUGGGGUGAAAUAGACUGGCUUCAUUUGCUAACACUUUGGGAAUCACUGACAAGAGCAAUGAAAAGAGUAGGAGAAUUGGUUGGAGUACAAGAGAGCUUCAUCAUUCGGUGUUUAAGGGGAACCAAAAAGAUUAAUGAUAUUCAGAAUAAAUUGAACAUUCAUAAGAGGUUUUAUACAGCUUUGGCAUUACGGGAUCUCGUAAAUGAAGUGCCAUUAUCAGAGGUGGCGACGAAGUUUCAAUGUGCCCGCGGUUUCUUGCAGGGUUUGCAGCAAGCGGCUGCUACAUUCGCAGGGAUGGUUACAGCCUUUUGCCAUCAAUUAGGCUGGAGAUACAUGGAAAUGCUCAUAUCUCAGUUCCAAGACCGUUUGCACUUUGGUGUACAUUCCGAAUUGAUAGAGCUCAUGAAAUUGUCUACGCUAAAUGGUGCGAGGGCCCGCACUCUUUUUGAUGCAGGAUUUGAAACAAUUGCUUGUAUUGCCUCCUCUGAAGCAGGAUCAAUUGAAAAUGCUCUUUUAAAGGCUGGGCCUUUCCAAAGCGAAAAAGUGCAAGAAGGGGAUGACAGCGAAGACAUGAUAAAACGCAAAAAAAUAAAGAAUAUUUGGAUAACGGGAAAUUGUGGUGUGACGGCGAGAGAAGCUGCUGAAAACUUAAUAAUCGAAGCUAGGAAAUAUCUUGAACUUGAGAUUGGUGUUAGUGAAAUUAAAUGGAAUAAACCUACUGUCUGUAAUAAACCGAUAUUUAAUACCCAUGAAGAUAACACCAAAGAUGCACUGAAUAUGAAAUUAGAUGAUAAGCUAUUCAAAGAUUCUAGUAGUCAACAUAUAAUAUUGUCAUUGCCUCAAGAAACCAAAGAUGAACCAUUAACAAGAGAGACAUUAGUCCCCAAUUGUAGCAAAGAUCCUGAACGUAAUAGAACUGAUGAUACUUAUUUAAGUGCAAAUUUACGUCCCGAGGACGUAGAAGAAAAGUCAGGUAGUGAAGUGAUCGAAUAUGUCACUUCUGAUAACAUCAAUGUUGACGUUGAAGUAAAACGAAGCUGUCCAUCUAUACUUAAAGAUGAAACAAUAUGGGGCUCAAUGAAUUUUACAGAGGCUGCCAUUGAAAACAUUACCAAACUUCGGACAUCAGAAAAAAUGUUUUCACCUGACGUAAGUUUUGGAGGAGAGUUUGAAGAAAAAGCUGUGAUCUCGGAAAAUGUGACUGAAAAAUUAUCUUCCAAAUCGAUGUCAGUAAAAGAUAUUAGUCUAUUUUCAUCAGAGGGUGAUACUUCGAGCUUGUUUGACGAAAGUUUGCCUUUAGAUGUGAUUCCUAGCAAAUUCUUAGAUGAUAAAAACAUCAAAAUACAACCUUCUAAGAUUUUCAAACAAGAGACAAUUUCAGAUUUUGUGAGCAUAAAUUCAAAUUCAAUUCUCAACGCUUUUAAAUCUACUCUUCUUGACGUAGAUACGGAUGAAGAUAUUAAAUUAGUGUACGAAGAGGACAAUAAAAUUUCUGAAAACGAAUUAGAAACAGUUUUGAAUCUAUCCAAAGAUGCUGAAGUUAUUGAAACGCAAAACAUUAGUGAAACGAAAGUUAAGAAUAGUUACAUUAGCCCUUAUAAAAGGUAUAACAAAUCUGCAUUGAAUCAUACCAGACAAUUAGGAAACAAGAAAUCUGAUAAUCCACGACUAUCUUGUCAACUAUCCAAAAUAUUUAGAUUUGAAAUCGGUAACAAUGAAGCCAAAUGCUACGUCCUUAAGAAAAAUGAUAUUUUAGACAACUUUGACAUAAUUGGAAAUGUUAAUGAAGCAGCUAUUCAUUUAGACAUUAUGAAUGCUACAAUGGCUACUAAUGAAGUUAUAGGAAGCAAUAUUAUUAAACAAAGUAGACCUAAACAAAAUGAAUUGAUACCCGUACGGUUGAUUAAAGGAAUAACUUUGUAUUUUAGACAAGAUACAUGUUUUUAUAUAGACCUAGCUUCGUUAGAAACUUGUUUUUCUGAAGUAAAAUCGAAACUAAUCAAUUGGUUACAAAGAAAAUCAACAAAAUUAAGAUUAAUGUAUUUGAAAUCUAGCUAUGUCAAUGUAAAGAAAUGCUUUGGCGUAGAUUUGUUAACCGAUUGUGUGGAUAUUUCAAUAACAGAAUGGUUACUAAACAGUGAUGAAAAAGUUCCAGAUCUCACGUUUUUAACCAAAAAGUACUGUCACAUAGAUUUACAAAGCAGCUCUAUAAAAAUUGAUAAUAAAGAGAAGAAAUUUAAAAACCUUGACAAUGUAGAUAGUUCAAUUGUAAGAACGUGGUGUAUAUGGAAAAUUGCUGAUAAACAGGAGAUAGGUUUAGCUGAUCAAUACCAGCGUUUGCGAAGCGUUAUGGACCUCGAAAUCAGAACCGCUCGCGUCCUGGCGGAUUGCGAAUACUACGGUCUGGCGGUAGACAAGGAUCUGACGUCACAACUUUUGAAUGAUGUCAAAAGUUCUCAGGAAAUGCUGCAGAGACGAGCCUAUCAGAUGUGCGGGUACCAUUUUAACUUUAACUCUUCGAAGGAUGUUGCUAAGGUGCUAGGGAUGUACAAAGGUCGCCAGGUUAGUACAAAAAAGAGAGUGUUGACGUCACACAACAGCCCCAUGGCCAGCAUCGUCAUUUAUUGGAGGAAGCUCAAUGCUAUUCUCACCAAGACUUUGUACCCUCUUACUGAGAAGGCUGUCAUUUAUAGUGACGGUAACAGGAUAACCCCGUCGUACACGAUGUACACAAACACGGGUAGAAUCAGCAUGCAUGAUCCAAAUCUGCAGAGUGUGCCACGUACCUUCACAGUACCUGCUGAAUAUCUGUCAAAUACACAACUCUCCGGAGAUAUAAUUGAGUUUAAUUGCAGACGCAUCUUCCGCGCGGCGCCAGGCUACACACUGGUCUCAGCAGACUAUUGCCAGCUGGAAAUGCGAAUUCUCACACAUUACAGCGAAGACGAGGUCUUGAUGCGCAUCAUGAAGUCUAACGUGGACGUGUUUAGAGCUAUAGCUGCUUCGUGGGGACAAGUCGAUGAGGACCAGGUAUGGAUACUUAACAGUCUUAAACAAAGAGAAAGUGAAAAAUGGUUACAAAGUCCUGUGGACUCUUUAACACGCAUGUUAAAUGCGGGACAUCGCAAUGUGACUUAUCGAAAUUUGUAG